GAGGAUGUGUCCAGGCAGGAACAAGCAGUUUUUUCUAAACUGUGUUCACCAGGUGAUUCUGGGCGAUCCAGAGCAAAUCCGGAUUUUUUGAAAAUCCGGACCUUUUCGUCAGAGUAGAGAGAAGCAACAGAGAAAAGAAACAAGACAGACCACAACCUUUCAGUUUACAAAACAACAUUACUGAUACCUUCUUGAAACUUUACUGAGCCUCCAUUAGACUAACCAUGAAGUCGUCUAUUCCUCAAAUCGUCUUGACCGGAUCUUCUGGAUUUCUGGGCCAGCACUUGUUGCAUUCGUUAAUUCACGAGCCUCUGAAGGGUACUGCCAAUGCUGCACUCGAGAUCCAUGCUCUCUACGGAGGAAUGGAAGGAUUUCCAGAGGCCGUCAGCUCCAUGAUGAGCAACAGCCAAGUCAAGGUGCAUGUGCACCAAUUGGAUUUGACUGACUCGGCCAAAGUCCAAGCAUGGAUCGAUCAAUACGCGGCUGCUCUAGAUAUCUGCGUCCAUUCCGCCGCUCUUUCGGUACCAAGGGUGUGUGAAAAGGACCCCGACAAGGCUCGAGCACUCAAUGUGCCCACCACCUUUUUGGAAGGACUCGCCAAGCAUAACGUGCGCAUUAUUGGACUGUCAACCGAUCAAGUCUACGAUGGGACCAAGGGAAAUUACAAGGAAGAUGUCGAUUCUGUCAAUCCGCUCAAUGUCUAUGGUCAAACAAAAGUGCAAUUGGAAGAGCUCGUGGUAAAAUUGUCAUCCUCCAAUGUUUUAUUACGCAGCAGUAUUAUACUGGGUCCCAAAGCACCCUUUUUGCCCGAAAAGGCCCAUGGGACCUUUUUACACUUUUGUGCCUCUCGAGAAAACCAAGAAACCACCUUCUUUACGGAUGAAUGUCGAUCCGUCAUUGCUACUGAUACAGUGGUGCAGAUCAUUCGAUGGUUCUUGCAGAAAAUAAUGCUGCCAGCUACAAACGAAACGACAAAGACCACAGCCGGUAUCUUCCACAUGGGAGGCCCCGACAAUGUCAGUCGCAUGGACAUGGCCAAGGCAGCUUUCACACUUUGGAUAUCAAACAGACUGUCUAGUGCCGGCGGAAAAGGCCAAGAUGCCUCCCCAAGAAGUGAAGAGUCCUCUGGACAUCACCAUGGACAGUGGGAAAUUGCAAAAUUUGAUUGGUGAUGAUAUCCAAUGGAAAGGAUUGAAAGACAUGGUCCAAGACACAUUUGCAAAAGGAAAGUAGCUAGAGUGUAGAGAGCUUAGAUCGAAUACAAAUAAAGUACAUCUUAUGAAAGUU